AAAUGCACAAAAAUAAAUCAGUUACUGUCUGAGCUAUGCAGGAUGGGUAACAUCUGUCAUGUUGAGAGCUGUUACCUAGAGUUUGACAUAGUCCCGAUUAUCCUCAUAUGGUUUGCUUGUGGAUUGUUGGUCGUUCUAGUCAUUAUUAUGUGGUGUGUUGUGUGCUGUUUAGAGGAGGGCAGACUCAAAGAAGCUCUACAGAAGUUCAGCUACUGCCCUAAGGCAUGCGAUUACUGUCACUGCACGCGUUGCAACCGUCUCAUGUGUAUGGACAACCCAGCAACACCUUGUGCUUGUGAGGACUGUAUUGAUCGUGUUCAGGCUAGUGAUCCCCUGGUUCCUGGUGAGAAUAGCAAUCCUGACGAUGGUGGUGAUCGUAAGAAAGGCUCUUACAAAAGCUGUCAUUUCUUCCCAGGAUGCGAUGAAUGUUCAAAGGAGCCUCCAGAACUUUGUCUUUGCGAAACUUGUCACUGUACACAUUGCAAAAAACUCUUAUGCGAAGAAUGUGAAUGUAUAGAUUGUACCAAGCGAAAUGAAAAACCUUGUCAUCGCAUGUCUAAGUGUAAAUGUAGCUCUGAAUUGGAACAGAGCACAUCUACUCUUCCUGCUGAAAGCACUAGCACACCUCAAGCCAGUCGCUUGUCAGUCGCCAGUCGCCAAGAAAAGAGUGUGCCUAUGCUGGAGAUCGUUCAAUUGGAUAGAACAGACUCUGGUAAAAGGACUGAAGAGUUUGUACCUGACUCUCCCACUCCAGCCGAUGAUGUGCCAAAUGACGAGCGUCCAUGUAACAGAUGUGUCCGAAAGUGUUGUACUCGUUCCAGCUAUGUACGUUUUUGGCAAUGGUUUUGCUCUAACAUUCCAUGGUGGCAUAUAUAUUUUGUGUUAAUGGGAAUUUUCAAUGCUGUUGUUAGAAUUGUGUAUGGGAGCAACCAAGGCGUGCUGAGAGACACACCAAGAGUGACUUAUAUUGAUAAACUGGGCCGGCAAGUUGUGUACGUUGAUGACAUUCCAGUGCUGGAAAAAUCAAAUUACUUCCAGUUCAUAUUGAUCAUUAAAGCUUUGUUCUGGCUUGCUUUUACUUUGUCUGUAGGAGCUGAUGUUUUUUUUGUCAAAUCUGAUCUAAUGUGCGAUACCAGUCGAGACUGCUAUAUCCUUGACAACAACUUCGAUGAGGAACCUAUCACCGCCAACUGCACUGAGAUUGUUGACAAUCAAAAGCAAACUGCUGUAUGCUACGAACUAGUUUUCGAUUUCACUAUGGCCAGCUCGGCAAUGGGUGGUUUGUUGACAUUCACUCGUGUGGAAUUGGUUAUUUUCGCAACUCUCAACACUUAUCUACUCAAGUUGAGUCGGAAAAAAUGUCAAUGUUGUUUCAAAUUUUUUAAUGCUUCUGUGAUUAUUGUAACUAUUAUUGGAAUAGUUAUCCUUUAUCCUGUGUUUUUGCACAUCGAAUUAAUGGCAAAUCUGAGCCCGCUAAGGCACGCUGGUCGAAUAAUUCAGUUCACUGGAUAUAUGAUUAGUGUGAUGAUGUCUGUGCUCAUACCGUGGUAUUACCUAGUUGACCCCGACUUUUGUACACUUAAAUGUACAUGUACCUAGAUGAUUAUAUCUUUCGUUUAUUUUGUGUAAGAUAUUUGUAGAGUGUGACUCUUUAGUGUGUUAAUAUCUUUAUUUUUAUGUGUUCGUAUCUAGCGACAGUCUGCAUAGAUUGUGUAAUUAUUGUUAUGACUACCGUUUCGUAAUACUUUUUUUUUAAGUUCA